CGCGCCCUUCCCUCGGCCAGUCCGCCCGUGCCCGGCCGUUCCGGCUCUGACCUCCUGCACGCGAGGGAGGCUGCCGGCGCUCUCGGAAGUUACUCAGGAAACCUGCUUUAAAAAAAAAAAAAAAAAAAAAAAAUCAGCCUCUUGGUUUCCAUGGAAGGCGGCUGCUGCAGUUGGGAAAAACGGCCUUGAAAUAAUGUUAUGAGCCUUGGUGACUGCUACAGAGCGCUUGGUGGCUCCACUUCAGUCUUCAUGCAGAGACUCUUGCGCCAGGCACUGGACAGGAGGCACCUGGGGGAUACCGAAGGCUCUCGGGUCCAUCCUCCUUCACGAGCACCUCUUCCUUUCACCGCUUCUCCUUUCUCUGCCUCUUUGCCCCAUGGUUUUGCUAAGGUUUUUGCAUCGUGGUCUGUUGGUUCUGGCUGGCAAACAGGAAAAAAUGUUCCCUGGAGGCUAUUGACCUCAGACUUCCCAAAGACCUACUUUACUCGACCUGGAAUGGCCAGUCAACAGGCAGAAGUUCAGAGCUUGAAACUAAGUAAUGAUUCAAUUAUAGAAGGAGUAAGUGACCAGGUGCUGGUGGCAGUAGUACUCAGUUUCUCUUUCAUUGCUGCUCUGGUGUGUAUGCUUUUAAGAAAUGAGCAUCAGAACAUUCACCCGGAAAACCAGGAACUAGUACGAGCACUCCGGCAGCAGCUUCAAACAGAACAGGAUGAAACUGCUGGUGAUAGACAACAUUUCUACACUGACAUGUCCUGUCCAGUCUGUUUACAGCAAGCUACUUUUCCCAUUGAAACAAACUGUGGGCAUCUUUUCUGUGGUGCCUGCAUUAUUGCUUACUGGAGGUAUGGCUCGUGGCUGGGUGCUAUUCGCUGCCCAAUCUGCAGACAAACGGUGACGUUAUUUUUGCCACUCUUUGGUGAGGAUCAACCAGAUGCAGCCCAGGUGCUUCAGGAUGUUAGUGAUUACAACCGGAGAUUUUCAGGGCAGCCGAGAUCUAUUAUGGAAAGAAUUAUGGAUUUGCCAACCUUACUGCGUCAUGCUUUCAGAGAGAUGUUUUCUGUUGGAGGCCUCUUCUGGAUGUUUCGUAUCAGAAUAUUCCUCUGUCUGGUAGGAGCUUUGCUGUAUCUGGCUUCACCUCUGGAUUUUCUCCCUGAAGCCCUAUUUGGAAUUCUGGGGUUUUUGGAUGAUUUCUUUGUCAUCUUUCUGCUGCUGAUAUACAUCUCCAUCAUGUAUCGGGAAGUGGUGACACAGCGACUGAACAGGUGAAAGGAAUGGAAAUGGCCAGGAUGCUGAAGCUUGCAUGAAAUGUUGGACAAAGGGAACCAUGGCACAAGUAUGAUAAUAAAGCACCUAUAUACAUUUUCAUUUUUUUUUUUUUUUACAAUUACAUCACUUUUACUCGGUCCGCUUAUGCAAAUGUAAGGGGUUAAAACUUAGCAAUGUUGCCUAGAAUUUUUAGUUUGUGUAUUACAUACUCUUAAACAAUGAUGAGGUGAGAUAUAUGAUGUAACACAUUGCCUACAUCUUCUUGCACUUGAUGAGCAAUUGUAUGUAAUGCAAGAGCAUACAUACACAGGUAUAAAGCACAGUUUCAGAUCUAUGCUUUGUGAAAGGAAAGUUCUAGCAAAGUGGUUGCAUGACUGUUAAGAAAACAAAGUAUUUGGAUUAACUUGAUGUAUUAGGACACAGUGUUCAGGUUAGCAAAUUGCCUCAUGUCUCACCGUGGUGGGUCAAACACUUUUUAAAGAAAAACAGUUUGGCAUCUCUCUCUGCAAAAAGAAACCUAAGGAUAGCAGCAUUACAGUGAAUCUUGCUGCUGUCUAAUAUUCCUAUUACACAAAUAUUAGGAAAAAAUCAGUAUUGCUUAACUGCUGUAUACAAUCACAAGCAGUUCUUACAAUUUUACAUUUCUGUUUUGGAAUAAAUGCUUUCCAUUAAAGUAAAAUAAAGGUGUAAUCAUGAC